UACCAGCAGAGUUGUUGAACUUGUUGACAUUAGACUUCAGCAUGACAGCUGCUGUUCUCCGGCCCGCCUCUAUUGACUGUCCCUGACCGUCUCUGUCCUUUUGAUAAAGUUUGGUGAAAGCUGUGAGGGAGCUUGGGAGCCCCUCACAUGUCCUUGCCCGUGACACCUUCCCCCCCCCCCCUAACCCGGCGCUGGCGGAAGCAGGAAACUGGGGAGACGCGGUGACGUCACGCCCGGCCUGUGCUGCUGUGUGGCUGCUGCUGACAUCAAUGGAGAGACGGAGCGGCUCCGGGAGCAACACGGCGGCGGUGGUGAGAGAGGGGCGACCAGUAAAUAUGAUGAGCAAUAGUGUAAAUCCUAAGCAAUGGUGAUUCAGUCCUGGGCCGUGUUACAUUUAUGAUACCCUUGUGCUUGUGAACCAGACAUAAUAGUGAAUUCUCUCAAGAAGUUUCUUUGCCCUAAUAUCAAUGUGUCUUCGUCUCUAGCUUGGGUACCGAUGUGGUUAGAUUAAUAACAUUUCAAGAUGAGCAAAGACAAAGGAAAAUUUGACUUUUACAUUGGGCUGAUAUUGGCGAUCAGCUCAAGCCUCUUCAUUGGCGGGAGCUUCAUCUUGAAAAAGAAAGGGCUUCUCCGGCUGGCGAGAAAGGGCUCCAUGAGAGCAGGUCAAGGAGGUCAUGCAUAUCUUAAAGAAUGGUUGUGGUGGGCUGGUCUUCUCUCAAUGGGAGCUGGGGAAGUUGCAAACUUCGCUGCAUAUGCCUUUGCACCGGCUACACUUGUGACACCCUUAGGCGCCUUAAGUGUGUUAGUCAGCGCCAUCCUAUCUUCAUACUUCUUAAGUGAGAAGCUAAAUCUUCAUGGAAAAAUUGGAUGUUUGCUGAGUAUAUUGGGAUCCACAGUGAUGGUCAUCCAUGCUCCCCAAGAAGAGGAGAUUGAAAGUUUAAAUGAAAUGUCAAUUAAACUAGCUGAUCCAGGUUUUUUAAUUUUUGCAACAGGAGUGGUCAUUGUCUCGCUAAUCCUGAUUUUUGUGGUGGGACCAAGUCAUGGACAGUCCAAUAUUCUGGUCUAUAUCUCCAUCUGCUCGGUCAUCGGAGCUUUAUCUGUCUCUUGUGUUAAAGGAUUAGGAAUUGCUAUUAAAGGAUUGUUUGCUGGAGAGCCUGUUCUGAGGAAUCCAUUGUCUUGGAUUCUUGUGAUCAGCCUUAUAGUGUGUGUAAGCACUCAGAUAAACUACUUAAACAAAGCUUUGGAUAUAUUUAACACAUCCUUAGUGACUCCAAUUUACUAUGUAUUUUUUACCACCUCAGUGCUUACGUGCUCCGCCAUUCUGUUCAAAGAAUGGCAACAUAUGUCGGCGAAAGACAUGAUUGGCACUUUCAGUGGUUUUAUAACCAUUAUUAUUGGAAUCUUUUUAUUGCACGCCUUCAAAGAUGUAUCUCUUAACCUAUCCAACCUGCCACUUUCUUUACGGAAAGACGAACGAGUUCUAAAUGGGAGCCUUUCCAACCAUAUUUAUGAACACCUGAAUGGCGACGAAGAGAGUCACCUUUGUGACGGCGACCUACAGAUGAAUGAGGGCACUGCUUCCCGACGCAAUGGCAGUUUAGCUUCAUUUUGAAUCAAAAUUGAUAUUCUAGUCACUGGCAGCAAAACAAAAAGCAUGAUCCUAAACUCUUCAGAUGGAUCAUUGGCUGAAUAUUAAUUACUGAAUUGCCUUUGACAUUUUGCUUGGUCACAUAAAUAAAUAAUUGAAUGCCUUCUUUUAUCUGUGACACCAUCCUGCUGCUCUCUAUAUUGUGGAUCAUUACAGGAAAAGCAUUGUAAACACAAUAAGGGAUAAACCACCAAUGAAUAACUUCUACAAAACAAAAUGAAAAUAAGUAAAAGAAGAUCAUAUCAGAAGUUAACCAUAAUAAUCUGUGGCUUUGAGAUACAGCACUAAAAGUGUUUUACUGUAGGUCUCGUAAGAACUUUAAUUGUCCCUGGCAUGUUAUCUAGCUAAAACUGAUAUAGGCAUCCUGUUAUGGAACCAGAGUUUGGAAGAGCCACCGGUUGGUACGCAUUGAAGAACAAAAGUGCAACAUUGGUAUAAUUCAGGAUUAGGCAUUAGAGUGGGUGAUAGGAAUGUUGCACUAACACUUCAUAGAUAGAAACCAGAGUGGUAUACAGUAUGUGCAAAGUGAAAGUCUGCUUUAAGGUGAACCUUAAAUGGUUAUAGCAGAAGUGCUCUUUCUACAUGCAGUAUAUUUUGUAUUUGGUCAUACCAUUAUUUAAAUGUUUGUCUUCAUUUCUUUGUUUUUGGUCCUGGUUUCAUUUACAGUAGGCAUGUAUUAAGAGUCCUCUGGCAAAACGAGGAUGAGAAGUUUGCAGGGAAAACAAAGAUUAAAAUUUACAGGGGUCCUGUCAGGAGAACUUCCUACAUACAGUAUAUAACCAGAAUGGCAUCUCCAUUAGAAGAAUGUGGUAAUGUUUUCAGUCUUUUGAGGCAUUCCAUGUCUGGAACAUGGAAUAAAUCUCGUUUUUAGUCAUACACGGUUAUUCCAUUGUGUUCUUCCUUGAGCUGCUUGUGGCCCAUCAGAUUACUACUUUAAUAUAAGGUACUGGUUAGGCCAGUGGAGACCCCCCACUUGACCAAUACUGUGUAAGUGUGAAUUGAUGUGAUGAAUCCUUUUUAAGAACAGUAUUUUUGGUGGCCUGUGACAGUGAAACUAUCAUUAAGAGGCCAUACCAGCUUUCUGAAAUGUCAAUGCAAAAAUCUGUUGUAAAUAUUUAGUGAUAUCUAAUGUUAUUUAAAAGUAAUUAACUGAGCCGAAGGGCAAUCUGCGUAUUUUCACUUUGCCAGUCUCAAAAUAUCUAUCUCUGAACACUGAUUUUUAUUUCCCCCAGUUGUAUAGACAAUCAUUUUAACUUUGCUUUUAAUUUAAUUAUAAUUGGACCAGCUUGUGGGAUAGUGUUUUAUUUUGCCUUAACAUACUUUUUAUGACUCAUUCUAAAAGAUGUUGCACUGAUAACUUGUAAUUGUACAUAAGUAAAUCAGUUCCUAAAUUUAAUCUCUGUACGCAUAAUGCUGUAGAUUUGUCCUGUAAAUUACAUUUUCAAUACUAGUAAAUUAAAGUAUUUUGAAAUGCAAA